UCUUACACCACUGCGUGGGGCACAUUUGCUUCAUGCACCCGCAUCAUCAUCACAGAACAUCUGUAACGCCACUCUCUACAAGAGGCAGCAUUCUGUGCCAGCCAUAAGGGUCCAAAAUGGAGUAACGUUAACGCUGAAUACAGUGCAGUCGGGAUUACACUUUAUGUAAUUUCACAUUCACACAUAAAUUGUUCCCUCGAAGGUGAAAACUAAUACUUCUAGAAAGCUCUUCGUUGUUUUGCACGGAAGAAUAGUCAAAAAUGGAGCCAUCAGAGCAGUCAGGCCCAGACUCUGGCUCUCAGGAAGUCAACCCUGUUUUUCUGCAGCAGCUCAGAGAGCUGGACAUCCCAGAAGAGGCAGCCAAACAGGCACUUCUACACACUCGGAACGUGUCUGCCGAGGAGGCGGCAAUGUACUACUUCAACAAGCUGGAGAAUGAGGAGGAAGGAGACGAUGACCUCAUGUUCAAGAUGGUAUUUGUGGUGAACAUGGACCUUGCCAUGGGUGUUGGAAAGGUUGCAGCCCAAGUUGGUCAUGCUGCUGUGGGUUUAUACCAGACUCUACAAGAGAAGAACAGCUGGAGGGAGAUGGCCUGGAAGUGGGACCACAGUGGAGCCAAGAAGGUUGUGGUCCAGGGCACCAACGUGGCUCAUCUACUGGAACUACAGGCCCUGGCCAUGAGCCUCAACCUGCCCACAUACCUGGUCCAGGAUGUAGGGCUUACCCAGGUGGAGGCUGGGUCCCGCACUGUCCUAGCCAUCAUGGGGGAGGAAGAGAUGGUGAACAAUGUCACUGGGAGUCUGAAGCUGCUCUGAGGGGCUCAUCCUCACAGUGGGAGAGGCAAAGCUCUGCAGUGCCACAGUGCAUCCAGCAGAGGGCAGCAUUUCCCAGCGGCAGGGAGAGUCUUGGCAUGCAAGUGUGUAACAACCUUUAAAAAAAAAAAGGCCUAAAGAACAAGGGAAAACAAGACAUGUCCCAACACCAGAAAACACCAUCAGCCAUUUAUUUCCCUUUCAUUCUUUGUCUGAGCCGCUUAUUCGGCCGUUAAGAGCAGGAGAGAGGAGCCGGUUGUUCGCAGGAAAACAUGGCAAAGGCAGUCAAAUUUUCAAUUUCUGGUGACCUUUCUCUUUUCCAAACAGGCAAUCUACUUAGAAUAUAGUCACAUUAGAAUCUUAAUCCAUGUUCAAACACAUCUAGUCUGUUGUCCAGUGUCGGAUAUGGCAAAGUAAAAUCAGGCAUUUUUGGUCUUUGACCAAUAUUGUAGUUGUGCUUAUUUAAGGGGCAGUGUGCUGUGGACUAAUACAUAUUGUAAUUAUAAUUAUACCCAUAGCAGUUGUAUGUCCGUGUUGGAUUCUCUACUCCUGAGUGAAGGGUAAUUUAUGAACUGAUAAUAUAUGAACACUCAUUUUUGACGUUUAAAUGAUUUUGUGUCUGUCUGCAACUAUUCUCCCAAAGAUCCCUAUCCUAUACCAAUACCAAUAAUAUCACUCAUUAUUGAUAAAUGGCUAUAUUUUGUAAAUGCCUGUGGGGGGCCAUAUACUGUAUAAUCUGUGGUCUGCCAUCCUAAACAGUAUGUCAAAGUAUCUUUAUUGGUCUCCCUAAGGAAAAAUUUGUUUUGGACACAGUAACAUUGCUGCAAGAGUUACAACAGGUACACGACAGUAAGCACAGGGUUAAAACAAAAAACAAAUGUACAGUAAACAUAUGGGCUACUCAAGGAGCUGUGCAAAUGUUGUUACUCAAAAGUGUUGUAAUGUUUUGUAUCUGUGCAAGAAGAAGAAAAUACUUAAAGGUCCAAUGUGUACGAAUAUCUCCCAUCUAGCGUUAUGAUCAUAUAUGGCAAUCAUCUUUCACGCACCACACAGUUCAAAGUAAAUUACAGCUACGGUAGCCUUCACACUACAAAAAAACGAUCUUUUCAUAUUCAUAGGAAUACUUGGAAUUGAUGGUGGUGGCAAAUAUUCAUGAAAAAGGACACAUUUGUGAACAGGCAACAUUGAUUUUGAUAAGGAACAACUAAACCUGUUUCACACUAGACCUUUUAAUUAUAAUUUUUGGAUGUAUUGGUAGAAUUUGAUGGUGGAGGAGAAGUCCUCUGGAGCCAAAAUAUUAUAUAGUAAAGAUCUGUGCUGGGACUAACUUGAUGCACUCUGACUGCCUGUGGUGGAUAGUUUACACUAAUGAAGUUCAAUUUACACCUUGACAGAAUACAUAAUUGUGCAUACAUGACAAUUAUUGUGGACUUGGUGAUUAAUAAUCUUAAUACACAAAGAAUUAUGUGUGAGCUGUUGUGUAUGUUCUCACUAACAAAUAUUUGUGGGCAUGAACUGACUCCCCCAAAAUUCUUAGGUUAAAGUCAAAGUUAUUAUUUGUAACAAAAAAAUAAAAUAAAAUAAUGGCAGAGGCAUGCAUGCAAUAUGAAAUGUACAUUUUAACCGACAGUUAACAUGUCCACAUUUUGAUACCUCCUAUGUUAUACAGUCAUUUGUGUUAGUGCUCCAGACUAUGGAGACCAUUAAAAUGUCUCUAGAUUGAGUAACAA